UAUUUGUCUGGGUCGCCGGGUUAUCGAGCGAAGACGGUUAUCACGCAGCGCGUCACAACUUCUCUGAUCUCAUGCUUCUGCCUUCCACGUGUUGUCAACACGACUCGACUUGAUUCCCUCGCCCUCGCCUUCUCCCUCCCUCGCCUUCUCCCUCUCUCGCCUUCUCCCUCGCCCUCGCCUUCUCCCUCUCUCUCGCCUUCUCCCUCGCCUUCUCCCUCACCUUCUCCCUCGCCCUCGCCUUCUCCCUCGCCCUCGCCUUCUCCCUUGCCCUCGACCUCGCCUUCUCCCUCGCCCUCGCCUUCUCCCUCGCCCUCGCCUUCUCCCUCACCUUCUCCCUCGCCCUCGACCUUGCCUUCUCCCUCGCCCUCUCCCUCACCUUCUCCCUCGCCUUCUCCCUCGACCUUGCCUUCUCCCUCGCCCUCGCCUUCUCCCUCGCCUUCUCCCUCACCUUCUCCCUCGCCUUCUCCCUCGCCUUCUCCCUCACCUUCUCCCUCGCCCUCGACCUCACCUUCUCCCUCGCCCUCGACCUCACCUUCUCCCUCUCCUUCUCCCUCUCCCUCUCCCUUGCCUUCUCACUCACCCCUACCCUCGCCCUCUCCCUCGCCCUCUCCCUCUCCCUCUCCCUCGCCUUCUCCCUCCCUCUCCGUGUGUCACGUCCACUCCCGCUCAAGCACGCCGCCUCACCUCUGCUUCCAGGUGUUACAAAGGGAUAUACGCCGUAUUGAAAUGCCAAACGCUGCCUUAUUUUUUUGCUUUGUUUUAAAAUAAAUCUAGCACUUACUUUAACGUGUCGCGGCUCGGGGGGGCGGAGCUUAGAGAAAGAAAAAGCCAUCUGUUCACCUGUUCAUUUCUUUUUCAUAUUUAAAUCACUGCACAAGAAUAAAACCUGUAUGCACAUCGAUGAUCGGGAAAACGAGCAGCCUUGAGACUCUGAGUCGACGGAGCAGAUCGACACACCAUGAAGUAUUCUGACAUGAAGCCACUUUUUAAUUCCUGGAUGUUCUUGCACUUCCUGAUCGUCAGAACGUAGCCCUGCUGUACCCGUCUGUCCGUAGCGGUAUAGUUAGAUCUACUUUACACCGUACUGCACUUUAUAACCGCUCUGUGAUUUAAGCACUCGGCCGUCUCUGACUCCACCACAGUGAGCUCGAAGCAUACAAAAAAUAAAAAACAUCCCAAAACAAUCGAGAUCAUAGACGACUGUAGAGACAUUUUUACAUGUGACGCCGCACUCUUCUUCCAUGUCUUCCAUUUCGACCCUUUUCUUUCUGUCUUUCUUUUUUUAAUUUAAGUAUAAACCGAUUGUAUUUUGUCCUCGAUUGUGUAGCGGGUGGAAUGUGCUUAAGGUAGUGUGUUAAGAUUGGAAAGUUUACAAUCCGUGAUGCAAUUCUGUUUCACAAAUUUUGUAUAUUUAAUAAAGAAUAUUUUGUGUUUCUUGCUCACCGUA